CUCGGGCGCAAGUGCAGACAUGCGCGAGACUCAGGUUGAACUCACAAAGCUGCCGGAGUGGGAUUGCGUGGAGUCGGCCGCCGCGUCGAUUCCGGCUCCACGGGCUGGAGAUGACGAGAUCAAGGUCAUUUUGAACAAGAAGCAGAGGCGAUAGAAUGCGCCAUAUGAGCCCGAUCCGAGGUUGCCUGCUAUCAUUCAUCGAGACAUUGCAACACUGCAAGUUCGACCGAGAAACUUGUUGGAGUCGAGCUCCGGUAUUUGAAGUCGUAAGAAAGGGAAUGGUGAUCCAGCAGACCGUCUAUGACUAGUACAUGAACAAGAAAACGCGGGUAACAUUCGAAGAUAUAAAACCCUCUAUAUCUAUCUGCGGCGAAAGCAACGUGGGUGAUGCCCGAAUUCGGCAAUCGCGUCCUACCCAAAGUCCCGUGAGACGUCGAAAAUUCGACUGCACACUCAAUGAGGUUUUUGGCCUUCUCAAACUGCCUCUAAGUUUCGAUCUCGCAGAAGACCUGGAUACCGACUACGAGCCUAUCGGUGCUCACGGAGCGUGUGGUGUCCUAUUCCGAGUUAAAUUGAAAUCGCAUGGAUAUACCGUAGUCGCUAAAGCCACCCCUAUUGACUUCGUUUAUCGUCUGGAAUGGGAGGCUACUAUCUACAAACACCUCCGCCUGAUCCAGGGUAUUCGUGCACCGGUUCAUUUCGGCAACAUAGAUCUAGAUACUCCCUAUUUCUACGAGGGCAUUGCGGAACUCGUUCACAUGAUGUUCGUCAGUUUCGGAGGGAAGCGUAUCUCUACUGAGAACGCGCAGUACACUGCUCAACCCAUUGACUGCUUGAGCACAGCAAUCCAUACCUUGGCGUCUCACAUAAUGACCUUAUGCCUCGCAACAUGUUGUGGAAUGAGGAAAUUAGUAAAGCGAUGGCGAUUGAUUUUGAGCGGGCGAAGGUUGUUAAGGAGCGAACUGUGCUGGGUACUAUUGUCAAAAUGGCUAGAAGUUCACAGGCAGUUGGAGAGGUAGAAGCAGCAGUUUGUUAGGAACCUCUGCGCAGCGUUUCCAACAGGAGAAAACGAGUACUGGGCAAGAUGUUGAACGCUUUUUCCGCAUGCCCAGUCCGUCGUCCGCAGACUUUAUACCCGACUUGGUCAUGAGCGGCUGUCAGUUCUCUAGUCCGCCUACCCGGC